CUUUGGUGUUGGUCUCCCGGUUUUAAAAUUCGUGUUGAAUUGUUCCGUGUUGGAGAAAUUAAAAAUUAAUUUUUCUUCAGUUUAACUAUUAAUCAAUAAUUACAAUUUUUAAAUUCCUUACUGUCCAUCCUUAUAAAUAUUAUUUAAGGUAAGAUAAUAGUAUUAUUUUAUUACGUUUACUUAGUACAUUUUAGCUGUCGGUAUUUCUUUACUUAUUAUUACCCUAACCUUUGCACAACCCGGCCGGCGUUUUUCUAUCGUGUUCACUAAUUUUUAUUAAUUUACUUUGUUUCUUAGACAUUUAUUUAUUGGCCAAUAGAUUUAAUUAAACACACAAAUAGAUUUAAAUUCAUUCGGUUUUUAUUUUCUACCAAAUUAAGACAUAAUGUAGAGGUUAAAUUAAGUUAAGGUACCCAAUACCCAUGUGGUUCUAACAAGAUUAUUUUUCAAGCUCAAUAUAAUUUUAAUUUAAUCAGGUAAUGUACAUUUAAACAGUUCAAAAAAUUUCAUUACAAUAGAUUAUUUUAUUUCACAAAGAAUAUCUCAAAAUAUUGUAUUUAGGUAUAUCCUAUUUUUAACCCACAUAAUUAGUUCUAAAUUUGUAUAAUACCUUUUUGGUCUGCUUACUCAGUUUUAAAUAUUGCUAAUAAUAAAAAUCAAAUAGUCAAACUAGAUGAGAACUUAAAUAUAUAUAAAAACAUUCGUCAUUCAACAAUAUGGAUACUUAUUUACAUUUUUAAUUUAAUUAUAAUAUGUAUUUACAUUAAAUUUCAAAGUAAAGUACUGUAGCUAUGUACCUACCUAUGGUACACAUUAAACAAAAGUGUAAUAGGACUAUGUCAAAUAGCCCUAUUACACCCUUUAUUUAUAUAAAUAUUUAAAAUUGAGUCAAAUUAAAUAUAAUAACUUAAUAUUGUUUUAAGAAUAAAUUGCAUAAAUUACACUUGCAUUUUAUUUGUUAAAUUAUCAUAGAUUGUUAUUCGUUAAGAACAAAAACUGAUAAAAGAGUUCAAUAUACCUAGUAAUUGGUUAUAAAUUACAGAAUCUUGAUAUGAUUAAAUUUAUAUUCUAUUGAUAAGUAGAUAAUUGUAAUAUAACCCUUCAUUAGGUGUAAUGACUUUCAAUUAUCUAAAUCUCUACUUUAUUACAUAUGAUUGUUACAAGUUACUUUAUAACAUUAGAUAAUAUAUACCUAUAUAUGUUUUUUUUUUAUCAUAUUUAUACCCAAAAAUUUUACUUUUUGUAUGUUAAAAUCAAAUGAUGCAUUUUUAUGUUUAAUUUAAAAAUUACAUUUUUAUGGUUUGAUGUUCUAGAUGUACCGUUUAUCUGCCCUUGCUAGAAACAAUGUUCCGAAAUACCUUGCCAGAAACUAUGCCAAGGAUAUUAAAUUUGGUCCAGAAGUGCGAAAACUUAUGCUUGAAGGAGUUGAUAUCCUUGCUGAUGCUGUUGCUGUUACAAUGGGCCCAAAAGUAAGUAGUUAUAUAUAUUAUAUAAACUAUUAUUAUUUUAACAUUAUGUUUAAAUAAUACAAAAUGUAUAUGAAUUUUUAUUUUAUUUAUUUAUAGGGCCGUAAUGUUAUUUUAGAGCAGAGUUGGGGUUCUCCUAAAAUCACCAAGGAUGGUGUGACUGUUGCUAAAGGUAUUGAAUUACAAGAUAAAUUCCAAAAUAUUGGUGCCAAGCUUGUACAGGACGUAGCAAAUAAUACCAACGAUGAAGCUGGUGACGGCACAACUACAGCUACUGUAUUAGCACGUGCUAUCGCUAAAGAAGGAUUUGAAAAGAUCAUUAAGGGGGCCAACCCAGUUGAAAUUAGACGAGGUAAUAAGAAAUAAGUAAUUAUAAUUUAAAGUAUUAAUUAGUUUUAACUUUUAACUUUUAAUUAUUAGGAGUCAUGUUAGCAGUUGAUACAGUAAAAACACAUUUAAGCAAAUUAUCAAAGAAGGUACAGUCUGCAGAUGAAAUUGCACAAGUUGCUACAAUUUCUGCUAAUGGAGAUGCUAGUAUUGGACAACUUAUUUCUUCUGCCAUGGAAAAGGUUACUAAUCUUUAAACUAGUAGUUUUUUUUAUGUUAACACAUAUUUAUAAAAAUAGGUGGGAAAAGAUGGUGUAAUAACAGUAAAAGAUGGAAAAACUUUAGAAGAUGAAUUAGAAGUUAUCGAAGGUUUAAAAUUUGAUAGAGGAUAUAUUUCACCCUAUUUUAUUAAUUCUCCUAAAGGUAAAUAUUAAUAAUACAUUAAAAAAAAAAAAAAAUUAAAAUCUUUUAGCGUUUGAAUUUUUUUUAUUAAAGGAGCCAAAGUAGAAUUCCAAGAUGCUUUAGUCUUAUUCAGUGAGAAAAAAAUUUCCUCUGCCCAAUCAUUGAUUCCUGCUUUAGAAUUAGCUAAUGCUCAACGCAAACCACUUGUUAUUAUCGCCGAAGAUUUAGAUGGUGAAGUUAUUGGAAUGCUAGUGUUAAAUAGGUAUUUAGCUAUUAUGAAUUUAUUGAAUUCUAAAGAGUAUAAAUUAAUAAACAUUUUUUUUUUAGAUUAAAGAUUGGCCUAAAUGUUGCGGCAGUUAAAGCACCAGGAUUUGGAGAUAAUCGUAAAUCUACAUUAACUGAUAUGGCUAUUGCAACUGGUGGUGUGGUCUUUGGACAGGAAGGUAAUGAAAUAAAAAUUGAAGAUAUUAAAGCUGGCGAUUUUGGUGAAGUCAAAGAAGUUGUUAUCACCAAGGAAGACACUUUACUGUUGAAAGUAAUUUGUGUUAUCUCAUACUGUAUUAUUAGAUAGAAAUAAUUAUAUUAAAUUUUCAAUUAGGGUAAUGGCAUACCAUCUGAUAUUGAACAAAGAGCUGAACAAAUAAGAGAUCAAAUCAAGGAUACGACAUCUGAAUAUGAAAAAGAAAAACUGCAAGAACGCCUUGCAAGAUUGGCAUCUGGUAUUGCUGUAUUGAAAAUAGGUGGCAGUAGUGAAGUUGAAGUUAAUGAAAAAAAAGAUCGUGUUACUGAUGCCCUCAAUGCUACUCGAGCAGCUGUAGAAGAAGGUAUUGUUCCUGGAGGUGGUACCGCUCUUAUCCGCUGUUCUGGUGCAUUGGAUACGAUCAAAGUAGUCAAUGAUGACCAGAAAAUUGGUGAGUUGUAAUUAAAAAAUAAAAAAAUUAAAAUUAUGAGGAAUUUAUAUAUUUUUUUUUUAAGGUAUUGAAAUUGUACGUAAAGCUUUGACUAUGCCUUGUAUGACAAUUGCCCGAAAUGCUGGUGUUGAUGGAAGUGUUGUAGUUGCCAAAGUAUCGGAAGGUAAAGACAAUUUUGGAUACGAUGCUUUGAAUGAUGAAUACGUAAACAUGAUUGAAAAAGGAAUCAUUGAUCCAACUAAAGUGAGUAAUUGGUUAUCUAAUUAAAUAAAGCUAUUAUUUUAAGAGAGUUCUAUACUGAAUGUUUGUAAGGAGUUGAGUAUAGGUAAUUUCUGUAUUACAUACCUUUUUGGUGUGUUUCUGUAUAUGCAAUAAUUAAUCAUUAGUGAAUGACCCAUAUGCCAUGUUCUGCCACUGUAUCUGCAUGUGAUUACAAGUGGUCUUUAUUGGUGACAUGGGUGCUAUGUGAUGAGAUUGCUGUCAACAAUCAAUCAAUAAAUAAACUGGUUAUCAGCUUUAGUUAACCAUUACAAUAAGCAGGAUGUAGUAAAAAAUAACUGUUUGGGGAGUUAUUCACUCCUAAUAUGAAUUCCUGUGAAGUUUAAAUCGAUUGAUUGUAAUAGUUUCAGGGUUUUGUACUAUGAAGUUUUUUUUUUUUGUUAAUGGAAAGCUUUUGUACCAAUAAUCGUGCCUUAAACUAUUUAUGAUUAUUUGAUGACUAUGCUAUAAAAUAUUUCUCAUAAUACAUAUUAAUUAUUUAUUUAUAUUUCUUACAUUUAUAUACUUUUGAGCAUACUUAAAAGGCUAUAACAUAUACAGCAUUGUAAAUUCGUUAUUUCAUUCAAAUAUUUUUCAUAUUUCAUGUAAAAUAUAUGAAAUGAUUACCUAUUUGUAAUUACUUAUCUAGUUAUUUAUAUGGGUAUACUUCACAUUUAAAAUAAAGGGUUAUUUUAAGAUAUCAAUUUUAAAAAAGUGGAAAACUCAUUUCAAAUACACUUAAUGACAAAUCCAAUCAUUGCUUUUGAAAUUUCACCUGAAUAUUAGGACAAUUUUUAUUAAAAAUAUAGAUCUAUUUUGAUAGAAAACGGUAUUGAUUCCCCAUAAACCUUUUAAAUUUAUAUAAGUUAUCAUAUUUUUUAUUUUAACAAAUGAUUUAUAUUUUAUUUAAAAUUAAUGAAUAUCUAGGAUACAACUUGUUACAUAUUUACUAUAGAUCUAUAAUUUAUUGACUUGGUAGUCAUAUUAUUAAAAUGUGAUAGAAGGUUAUCAAUAAAAGUGACACAUUUAACACCUUUUUAAGGAACAUAGCUAAGGUGUUUUAAUUAUUUUUUUUUUAAACAUUAUUUUAAUGGAAUAAUUUUUUAUAAUAUAUAAAAGGUAAUAACCAUUUUAUAAUAACUAAGAGUAUUAUUUACUUCUUCAUUGAACCUCAUUUUUACAUUGUAUAAUUACAUAUUACAUAUUACUAUUAGGGGUAGCAAUGUCAUGUGUUAGGAUCAUUGCUGUGCAGCUGUCAUAUUCAUAGACAAUUUUAUUAAAUAAUUUGAAAAAUAGGUAAUACUUGUAUAUUGUUAUAAUAAACAUUAAAUCAUAUAGAAGUUUUGACAUUUAUAACCUAAAAAUGCUACCAAACUCAGAAGUAUUAAAAAUAUUAAUUAGUUUUAGUAAAAAUAAAUUUUAUAAUGUCCUAAAAGUUAAUUUUUCUCUGUGUAAUAUUACAAUAUUUGUAUUUUAAUAAAUUAUUUGUUAUGUCUAGGUUGUUAGGACUGCUUUAACUGAUGCUGCGGGUGUUGCGUCUUUGUUAACUACAGCGGAAGCAGUUGUCACUGAAUUACCAAAGAAGGAUGAACCAUUACCAGCAGGAGGCAUGGGCGGUAUGGGUGGAAUGGGCGGUAUGGGAGGAAUGGGUGGCAUGAUGUAAUAUUUGGUUUAGAAAUGACAAAGACUGACAUCGCUUGCGACAUCAAUAUUUUUCUAUCCUAGUUAUAUGUUCUCGAUGUUAUUAUUUUAUAAGAAUCAAAUUAAUUUUAUUAGUAAUCUAUUAGGUUUUUUUUUUAUACAAUUUUUUUUUUUAUUUAAUAUAUUAUGUGUACAAAUUUGGCUAUAAUUUCCAUUAGUCAUGUGUCUAUUGCAUUGAUUGUAAUAAUUGGAAAUUGUACAAAUUGUAAACAUAUAAAAGGCAUAAAAAAAACUCAUUCCAAAAAUGUGGCAUAUGUUUGUUGAUUUAUUUAAUUUAAAUACCACAGAAAUAUAAAAUGAUGUUACAUUUAUGAUUAAUUUGUGUUUGAUCAUUAUUAAAUUGUAUUUAAAUAAAGUAAUGUAGUUAAUACAUCACAAUCUGGUGUAUUCUUUUGUGUAGUCUAUUUUUAUGUUCAAUAUAAAUAUUUAUAAUACAU